AUGACCAUUGGCAAGACUUCUGCUCGCCUGGUCACAAAGGCCUUGAAUAACGACAAACGUGCAAACGAAUAUCUCAAGCAUAAUCCUGUGAAAAAUGAAGAAAUCUACUUGAUCCACAAAAGUACUUUGAAAUCGGUAGAUUUGAAGGUGUUUUCUUUGGAUAACUACGACGAUUGGGCAAAAGGCAAGGUUGAAAAGCUCAAUUGUCUUCCAGUAACUGAAUCCAGAAAACAGAGUUUUCUAUCCAAUAAAUAUGCUAGGAUAAAGAGUCUAUCUACGAAGAGUUCGUAUAAGGUGUUCAAGAAGAGGUAUGAUUCCUAUCGCAAAUAUACAGUUACUGGUGAGGAGGGUGAUAUUAUAUUGUUAGACCACCUAAUUUUGCCUAUUUCGGAUUUUCAGUACGGCGACCACGUCUAUAGAUGGAUUUUCUUCAAUUCCCUGUUAGCAGACGGCAAAUACAGCUUCAGAUAUGUGCUCUACAAACUAGAUGAAGACCAGCAAUCACUAUUCGAUAAUAAUAAAAUCAGCAGUGACCAAAACAGUCGACUAUCUAUCCUGAAUCCAUUACUCAAGAAUUCAAUAAGCCGCUUUAUUUCUGAAGAUGACCGCUUGUUUGCAACCAAGUACAAGCCGAAGAACAACCCCAUGCGGUUGGCUGAGUUUGAACACAAUUUCAGCCGUGAAUACGAAAAAUCACUCCAAGCCUCCCUGUACCUAAAAGUCUUUAAAUCCCGUCGGAAUUCAAACGAAGAACUCCUACGAGAUCAUGAGAUCUUAAUUAAUUUGGCGAUAGUAUUCAAAUUCAUUCAAGACGGUAAACUCAGCAAGAGAAGCACGCAACGAAGCUUGCAGUACACCAGUAAAAUGGGUGUCAAGACUCUAUUUUAG